AAACAUGUAAAAGAAAUUAUAGUUCAUUUGGAAUUUGAUAAUAUUUGUGCAUACUUAUGAAAAUAAAUAGUUUGCAGCGAAGAUUCUUUCAUUUCAUUUUAACCAAUGGAAGACGUUGGAAAAACAAAAGUUACUGUAUGCUAAUUAGUAAAGCGCCACCUAUGUAGUUUCAUGUUGACCAGCAACUGCCUGUCUGAACGAGAAAACAGCUAUUUACGUCGAAAUUUGGUGGAAAUAUAAAUAUUUGAUUACAAAAUGGUUCAUUGAGCAAUGUCCUCGGACCAAGAGGUAUGUGAGGAACCUGACCUUGGUGUAGAAACAGAGGAAAUCAUCUGUGAAACAGUUUUUAUAAAAUCAGAAGAAGACGAACUCGAAGAUGAAGAAGAUGACACUCCGUCUGAAACAUAUUCAGUCGAGGGACAGCGCCCUGUGCGUCCUGUUGAACGGCAGAAGAUGCGUCCUUGGCUGAUUGACCUGUUAGACAAGAAUAUCCUACCUGGAUUAAGCUGGCAGAACAAGAGAGAGAAUAUUUUCAGAAUUUCUUGGAAACACGCAGCGCACAAUUGUUUCAAUCGUAACCGAGAUUCUGAUUUGUUUGAACGUUGGGCUUUUCAUACAGGGCGCCAUCAUGAGGGUAACCACAAGCGUUGGAAGGCCAACUUUCGUUGUGCUCUAAACAGUCUUCCUGAUGUGAUGGAAUUAAAAGAACUUGGUGUUAGAAAGGGAGAUAAUGCAUUUAAAGUUUAUAAGUUUCUUGACUCGCCAGAACCCACAAUGAAAGAGAAGAUGGAAAUUAAGCGGAAAUACAGUCUCAUGGCCGGUAUCAAACUUGACGAAUCUCAUUCAGGAUCCUCUACACCAACAGUAUCCACAGCACCAAGCUCACCAGAAAGAGAAGGAUCGUCAGGAGUGGAUGGUGGUAUUCAGACAUUACUGAAAGCGAUAGAGCUAAAAACCCAACAACAAACAGACAUGUCAAAGACUCCACAAAAGAGAGGUUCGACAGGGGGAACAACCCAGACCAGAAGUAAGAGAGCUAAGAAAGACAGUAGAGAUGAUAUACCAGUAGAAACAGAAGCAACAGUAGUUAUCUGCAGUGGGAGGCCAUCACCAGCUUCAACCCCAGGCAGUGAUACGUUAUCAGGUGUACAGAAAAUGCCCUAUAUAACAGCUAUUGAUCCGACGUCUGGAAUACCCUAUGUCACAGCAGUGGACCAGAAGACAGGGAAGUUAACCCUGGUUCAACUCCGGAAGACAGAUUCUCCAUCUGCUCCAACCACACCGACUGGGAGAUCGGAAAUCAUAAUCCCUUCUUCCAAAAUGGUUAUGGGUCUUCCAGGUCAGGGUCAGAGCAUUAUGGCCAUCCCACAGGCUCAAACAAUCACCUCGACAAUAAAAUGCGGAGAACAUUUUAUGACAGUACCAAUGUCUGUGGCAGCCUCACUUCAGAAAGAAACGACGACAGAAGAGAAAGUGACGAUCCCAGUGCAACUGUUGCAGCAAGAGUUGCAGAAACAAGCACAACAGGUGCAGCAGGCACAGCAAGGUGUUCCCAACUUGAUCAACCUGGGAAAUCUUUUUGCUAGCAACCCAGCGGCAGCCCUUCACCUUGCCAAGCAGAUGAGUGCCAGUACAGGGUCUAUCCCUAUACCAGUCCUAGAACAAAUCAGUCAGGCACAGCAGAAGAUGACAGAGCGAUCUGUACCUAGGACUGUCAUUCAAACAGAAGUUCAGCAAGUGAGAAUGGUAGCUCCUCCUCUUGUAUCAGAAAGUCUACCACCAGUUCCUCAGUUGAAUAAGAACAUAACCAGCAUUGCAGCAGCACUGAGAAUGUCUAUACCAAGUACCCAGCCAUCAUCACCCUCUGUAGUGACUGGUAUCUCUAGUCCUAUUCAGCAACCAGUCAGCACCACAACACUGGGUCCUGGUCUUGCUCAGGACCCACAGGGUAUUCGUAGCAAGUUAGUCUCUCGUCUGAUGGUGAGCGGUUCAUCCAUGACCAAUCAGAGUCCAGGUGUAAGAAUGCCUGUCCAGUCCCUGAUGCCAGGACCAACCUCAACACCACGCCCUCGUCUGGAUCAUAUUCUCGUAAAACCAAAUCCUAACUUGACGUUACCAAGCACUCAUCUGCAGCCAGUCAGGACAAGUGAUAUAGUUGUCAUGUCAACAGCUAGUAGCUCUAGUCUUGACUUUGUAACUGGACCACCAAAACUAAUGACAGCCAUAAGUGAGAGGACAAUAGAUUUGAAUGCCAAUAAGAGUACGUUAGCUAUUCCUAGUACAUCAACACAUCUAAAAAAUAGUAGAGAAGCAGAUGUUGUCAGUAUAGGAUCCAGCCCGUCUCCUGUCUGUACUCCAGAACUGCGUCCAGAUAUUUUGGACCGACAGCUAACAAUAGAACUUUCGAAGAUGGAAAAAGAUCCAUCUGCUCAACGGAUGACGGAAGAAUCACAACAUUAUUUAUGUCUCUGGUGCCAGAUCAACUUUGAGAAGAAAUCAGAUCUACUUCAUCAUUUCCUUCAGCUCCAUCAGGACAUGUUAGUUGUCCCUGGUGAAUCGGACGGUCAAGGUCAAAUAGAGGGUAACUUUGCCAUGCCCACUUCAACCUCUUUGUCAGCAGACGACAGCUUGGCAAGACCAAUAACUGUACCAGAUGUCUCUUCAACUUCCUCCGACAUUAUGGGGGCACCAUUUGAAAAUCAAGGGGAUGAUGAUGACGACGAACCACCUGUUAUUAUUGAUGUUAUGAUUAAUACAUCUCAGCAUCAAAGUCAGAUGAAUGUUUAUAAUCAAGCAUCUUCAACUGUGUCACAGUCUUACUUGCAAGAACUUCCAAGACAGCACAGAAAAAAUCCUGAGAUUCCAACAGACGAGCUGUCAAACACAUCAACACUAAGUGCGGCAGAGAGUUUAGAUUCUAUUUCUAAACCUAAAUAUUCUUUAAACGAUUUGAUAAAAGCUUUAAGUCAGAGCCUUGAACAAGAGCAGGCAACCACACCUCAACUUUCUGUUAUGCUUUCUCCAUCUAUAAAGCAGUUCAAUUUGGCACAAGCCACUGCAUUACAAUCUGACCCAGGACUGUCGGGAAUUCCUGCUACUGUGGUGACUGGAAUGUCUGGGAAUGUAAGAGGUAGAGGGCGUGGCAGAGGUAGGGGAUCUUCUAACAGAGGGCGUGGCCGAGGACGUAGAAAGACAGCUGACAUUUCUCCAGAAAUGCCUUGUCUGAUACCUGAGGUACCUAAGGACAGGAUCUGUUAUGAUAAUCUUCCUGAAUCAUCAGAAUCUGGUGAAGAUGAAGGCCCGCCAAAAAUAACAAAAGUGCGUCCACGCAGGGCACCAAGAAGUAAACCCUCAACACCAGCCAAAAGUGUAUCAAACACACCAGUUAUGUCUCCCUUACCCUCAGAUGAACCAUUUAUACCCGGUCUUUUAUUUCCAUCAGCAAAGUCUGUUGAUCAGGCUGAGACGGGAGACCAUGAUGAUUCAUCAGACCAGGCAAUUCAUGUCACGGUUAAAAUGUACGAAGUAAACGGGAAAACAAUAUAUAGGUGUACCGAAUGUAACAAGGAAUUUUCUAAAACGUGUACUUUUGCUCGUCAUGCCAUGCUCCAUUCUAAAAUGUAUCCAUAUCAAUGUGGAAUAUGUGAUAUGAAAUGUGGAGACAUGCGAAUUUUGCUGCGUCAUUUAGACCAACAUGCAGAAGAUGCUGACUGCCCUUGCCAGAAAUGUGACCGAAUGAGCAAGGACUUUUCGGUAGAAACUCAGAAGAAAGUUAGUGCUGCAUUUCAUUUUAAAUGUAAUAUAUGUGGGAAAAAAUUCUUCAGCGAUUAUGCUUGUAAAAUACAUGUAAAUACACACAAGCGAAAAAUGACAUUGACAUGCGAUCAAUGUAAAUUGGAGUUCCGCUGUAAUAAGAUAUUAUCUAGGCAUCGUAAAGCUGUUCAUGAUACACAGUUUUGUCCCGUUUGUCUUGAAACAUGUACAAAUUUGAACAUGCACAUGAGACAGCAUGUGGGCUUUACUUUGUACAGGUGUGGACUAUGUAGUGACGGGUUUAAUAGUCGUCCUCAGCUUCACGAACAUCUGAAAAUACAUACACAGUUAGGAGCAACUCGACCAGUAUCAGGGUCUGCUUCAUCGUCUGCUCCCAGAUCUGUUGCCAAGGCAACCCCAAGUACUUCAUUUGCUGCAUCAUUUCAGGAGCAGAAAAUGUCAAAGAUUGAAGAAAUGCUUAAGGAAGAAAGAGAAGCUAAAAUUGCUACAGAGACCUUGAUGGCAUUAGGGAACAGUGGUGAUGGAAUUCCAACUCUUGCUGUUCCCCCCAAAGUAGAGGAAGUUAAAAAUGAACAAGGCACCAGUGGGGAUCAAAGUCCAACAGAUUUUAUUGUUAGAACUGGGGAAUAUGAGGAUGAAGAUGGGGAAAUUGAUGUUCACGUCAUUCCGAAGAGAAGAGGGGAACGUUUCAAGUCAAAAUCUAGCGAUAUCAGCGAAGAUAAGGAUAUCAGCAUAGAACCUGCAGUGGCGCCCUCACCACGGCGACAGGUAGCAAGAAGAUGCAAAUGGCAUGGAAAUGAUUCUUUAUGUGAAAGGUGUGACGAAACUUUCGUGAAAAAAAUGUCAUCAAAUCGUAAAAAACGAUCUGCCACUAGAGGGCGACGAGGAAGCAAAUCUCCAAGAAGUGAUGUGAGUGAUUCAUUUAGACUCAACUCUGAUUCACUUGACUCUCUCAAAAAUUUAGGAUUUACUCUGCCCCUUGCUAAUUAUAUCUUAAAGGAAGACAGCAAGCCGGCUACUCCUGAUAAUUCUCAAGUGAUUGAAUUGUCAGAUUAGGGGAGGUAAUUUGAUAUAGAUUUUAAAGGGAGAUAAUUUAUGACAAUAUUGAAAUUCAUCGAAAAGAAAUGUUUAAUUACCAUUUCAAAAAACUUUAAAGAUUUUUAACAAAAAUAUUAGCACUAUUUCACAGAAUAAUUGAAAUAGUUGUCAAAGAUUUCAAAGGUAUCGUUAAGAUACAAAAGACGGAUAUGAAAUGAUUUUAGAUGUAAAGAAGUGACUUGCACUGCUAUCAAAGUCAUAACUUGAUAUAAAUGUAUUUUUCCUUCAACAUUUCUUUUAUUAGAUAGAAGAUUACAUUCAUAUAUUAAACGAAUAAUGCAUUUUUUGUUUAUUGUUAUAUAUGUAUGGUUAGGGUUUUUGUUACAUUUAUAAUAUAUUCAUAGCUGUUUGUUUAUUAUUCACAUAUUUUAUCAUUGUUAUUAUUCAUACAUGACAUAUAAUAUAUCAAUUUAAAAAAAUGUAGAUUUUAGUACGGUAUGUAUAAUCAUUGAAUGAAUUUCUGUAUAAAACUUAAUGUGUGAUUUUUAAAGUGGAAUACACAAUUUGCUUAAUAUAUAACGGGUAUUAAAUAUCUUUAUUAUUAGACCAUCUUGCUCCUGAAUUAGUUGAUUUUUUUAACAAUUUUAUUGAAUUAUUUGUUUUAAGGGCAUCAUUUAGACCCUUUUGAUUUCACUAGUUUUCAUUGCAUUAUUCCAUUCAGGGGCAUAGCUAGGUAUCAAAUCAACUGUAGGCACAAGUCGGCAGGGGGUUUGGGGGACGCUUAAGGCUCCCAACAGGUCCAGGGCAGAGCAUUUUAGUUGCAUAAUUUUGUGUACAAAAAUAUCAUUUUUACUGGUUUUUAUCAUGGUAAUAUUCAUGAAGAAAAGUUCGAAGAAUUAAGAAUAAUUUUACAUUAUUAAUUAACACAUGAAUUAACGUAGUACAAUAAAAAGUCUGAAGAAUUUUUUUUAUUACAAUAUGCUCAGUGUAGAUCAGACUAGUUUUAGAUUAAGGUCCACAGAGGGUCAAAGGAAAAGAUUUUCAACUUUUUUGAACGAAUCUUUUUACACUUAAAAACAAUAAAUUCUUCUCGUAUGCUGAUUGAUAUCAUUUUUCUUAUCUAAGAACCUUACACUCAAAGAAAAUUGCUUUAAUUUUUUUUCAAUCGGCAAUUUUAUGUAUAGGCACUUACCUAGUUGAGCCUUAGGUAGCUAUGCCCCUGCCAUUACAAACUUCUUGAUAGAGAAAAAAAUCACUAAAAACUGACAUUACAAAAAAAAAAACAUUUUGUUUUUGGGACUUCUUUGUAAUUAAUACGAUCAAUAAAAUGAACAUCAGUUAUUCAAAAUAAUUUGAGUCAAGCAAAACAAAAACUACCAUAUUUGGUUGUAAUUUCUAUUUUUAUUUUUUUAUUUUUUUCCCCACAUCUUUUAAGUAAAAAAUGUUAAAUUUAUUGUUAUGAGUAUGUUUUGUGUAUUUUUAUGUAAAUAAUUAUUAUUUAUAGCAGAUUUUUUUUCUGAGUUUAUGCCAAAAAGGAAGUAUGCAUACAAGUUGAGUUAAUUAUAUUUAUUUCAUAUAACUUGUCAUGUAUCGAGUAUGUAUGCCAAAAGAAAAUAAAUUGUCAGAUGUGACUUACAUAAUAUGUGCAGAAAAAUUCAAAAAUCUGUUUGUUGUGACACGGAACAUAUAUACCUUUUCCAGUUGUGACUUUUUAUGAAAAUGUCAUACAUUUCAAUGAAAAACAGUUUUUGGCAUUAUUUUAUGGCAAACAAAUAAGUAUGUGUGUUUACUGUCACAUGCUGAUAAAAGGGAACAGGGUAGGCAGAAUAGGAAGGGACUUUUUAUUUAUUUUUUAUUAUAUUUUUACAUUGAGUCUAUAGGAGCAGCAUUGUGACUUUAGCAGUGCUUAAUAAAAAGUGGCCAAAAAACUUAAGUGGAGGGGAUGAAAAUUAGGGUAGGUAGGGAGGGGUACAGUAAACACACAUACUUAUUUUUGGCCUUAGAAAACAUUUAUUUGAAAUGGAACAUAUCUCUUACAUUGACCAUAUUAGACUGUAAUUUCACGUUCUUAGGUUAAGGGCAUUGUAGAAAAUGCAUUCAUAUUACAUGAGGUACUUAAUCUUUGUAAUUGUCCAUUUUAGAAUCUAUAGCAUGUGGGCAUUAUAAACAUAGAUGUUAGACAUGUAGGUUGUGAAUGGGGAAAACCUCAGGAUAAAACUAAUAACAGGCCAGUCAAAUCUUAAUUAAGCAGAUAUGAUAGAUUUUCUUUCAUUUCAAGGAAAACACUAUUCAGUGUCCAUCACAUUCAAGCUAUAUUACAUCACAUUACCAUAAUGCUGUGGAGUGGAGAGUUGUGUCAUUGGCAAUCAUACCACAUCAUAUUAUUUUUAAAUGAAAUUCCCUGUACUGACUUGGUAGAAAUCUUUGAGAUUAAUGAGGGCCCUCAUGGGGUUUUUGAUUAUGUGAUUACUUGGCCGUUUUUUUAAUGAUUAUUUGAUUAUUAAGCCAAAUAUUUCAUGAUUAUUUGAUUACCUAGGACUGUAUUUUUAGUUUAUGAUUAUUUGAUUACUAAAGAUAAGCAAAUAUUUAAUGAUUAUGUGAUUAUAUUGGCAAAAAAAUGGUGAUUAUGUGAUUACUAGGACCCCCCCCCCCCCCAUGAGGGGCCUCAUUAAUUCUAAAUUGGGUACCAUUUAGGCAGCUUAGUGGUUUAUACAUACUUUAAAUUUAGAAAUUUAUUGCCAUAUUUUUACAUGUGAAAAAUUGCAUCAAGAUACAUGUCUAAAAAAAAACCUUGCAUUUUAGAUUUAGUAGCAUUAUUUGAACUCUAAAUUUCUUAAAAUUGCAAUAAUAUAAUUAGGCACACAAAAAUUUCUGUGUGGCGUUAAUGAAAUAGAUUGUGCUAGUAAAACUCUAAGGUGGUAUGUUAUAUAGUAACUUAACUUUUUUCUGUAUUUAUGCAUAUUUUUGUAAAUACAUGUACAAUGUAUAACUGAAAAGUAUCUGUUCUUAACAUCAGAUUUUGUUGGCUGGAAUAAUAUAUGUUUUAUAAACAUCUUAUAUGUUCCAAGUUUUUAAGUAUAUUUGAAAAUCAUUUUCUUUAUUUCUUUGAAUGUUAGAUUUGUAAAUUAAAUUUAAAGCAUCUCUGUUUUGCAAACUUUUUAUCUCUUAGUUUGAAAGACUUUCAUCACUUAAUUGUUCAAUGAAUGUGUUUCAAACCUUGAACUACCCUCCACUUCUAGAAACUUUCCUAAAAGCAUUUGUUUUAUCAAUAAAUUUAAGAUAAUAGUUCUUCAGUCUAAACUUUCCUGUCGUUAUUUUUACUGAGUUUCUUUUCAUAGACAAAAUCUGUUAAAAAGUUAAUGUCUAGUACCCUUCAAUUACAUUUAUGUGUCCACCAACCUUAAAUCUGUACCAAAAAAAAAGGUUGUAGACUGCAGCAUAACACAGUUUUUAACCCUUGGGCAUUACGCUAGUAAUGGAGAAAAACUACACAGGUCUUUGGAAUUCUUACCCAUAAAUUGAUAAUUGUUAAAAUAUAUAAUUAAAGGUUAUUAUAUAUGUUAUGUGAUAACUGUUUUUGCAGUGUUGAAUUGUUAAUGUUUACAAAGCCUAUGUUUUAAUUUAAAUCUGUUUUUGGAAUUGAUAAUGUAGAAUCAUUUAUAUAGUAGUGAUGCUUUAGUAUGAAUUUUGUAUAAGAUUGUUAAAAAAGCAAAUAUAUCAAGGUAGUAUGUUGCAGAAUGGAAAAGCUGAAAGAAAAUGAAGAAUGAAUUUGACAGCUUUGAUUUUUUUUUAAGUCGCUAUGACGGUGAUUUUUCUGUCUCUGAAAGUAGGCUCAUGUAUAGAAAAAAGUUUUUAAAAUGAAUUUGAUUCCACACAUGUCUGUGUCCACACUUUUUCAAAUGUUUCAUUAUUCAUAUUGUGAUGUAUAAAGGUAGCUGAUUAUGUUCUUUGGGCAUUAUUUAAGAUUGUCAAACUGAUUCUGGUGGAAUAAGAAGUGAGUAAAUGAAAGUCUUUUAUUGUUUUAUCUUUUGCUCUUUUGCUCCAAACAGGUCCAUUUUUAUUUUGUAUAAUAAUCAGAAUAAAGAGAAAUAAGGUAAUAAAAAAGAAUUCAGAAAAAUGUUUUCACACUUUGGCAGAACAUCAGCUCUUUUUUUACUCUUUCAUUAAUCACACCAAAAUAAGCAUCUGACAGUAAAAUAUUUAUCAGAAUUAAGUUCAAUUAAUUUAAAUUACACUUUUAUACAUUUUAAGAUGCAGAAUUUCAGAACCUAGAAAUGUUUGGGUAGAAAAUUUAUCAGGCCACACAAUAAAGUAUGUGUGUUAACUGUCACAUGCUGAAAGAAAAACAGGUUAGGAAGGUAGGCUGGUAGGGAUUUUUUUAAAUUUUAAUUAUUUUUUUUCACAUUGAGUCCAAGUGAGCAAGAUUGUGACUUUAACAGUGCUUAAUCAAAAAUGGCAAAAAAAAACUUUAGGGUAUGUAGGGACACAGUAAACACACAUACUUUUUGGUUUGUCUCAGUUUAAAUAUUAUAAUUGUUUGUUAAGUAUUAAAUUGUUCUUGUGAUAUAAUAUUGAAAAGCUACCUGCUUUAAUGUUUGUUUUCAACAGGAUUUUGAAUGCAGUAAUUUACUUUGAAAAAAUGUGAAAUGGACAAAAAUAAAAGGGGGGAUGUGAUUUAUCAAUGCAUUUUAUACACAUCAAAAGAAGGUAUUCUAUCUGAACAGUGCUAUAACAUCAGAAUCAGUGUUGAAAGAAAUGUUUUUUAAGAUGUGUUCUCUUUACAUUUGUAUAUAAAUUAUUUGUAGAUAGAUAUUUUAACCCAGUGUGAGCCAAAGUCAACCUUUUUAAACUGUAUUUAAGCUUGAUUCAUUUUGUCUGUGAUUCUUUGAAGUUUCCAAAAGUCCAGCUGUAUAAGUAAAAAGUCUAUACUAAAAACAGAAAUAGUUGAUCAUAACUUACUUGAAACUUAGUACACACGUUCCCAAUGAUAUGAUCAUUUUAAUUCUAAUGCAAAAUUAGAGUUUUUAUACAAAUUUCACAGUUCACUGAACACAGGAAAUAAUAGUGUGAGUGGGGCAUUUCUGUAAUAUGGACACAUUCAACAGGGUAAAUUUGUAGAAUUUGUUUCUUCAAUGAUUGUAGUCUAAAGUAGUUCUACUUCUGUAAUCCCUAGCUAGUCUACACUAAGGUUAUGAGUUCGAAUCCUGCUCAUGUAGAUGCACUUGACUCCAAUCUUAAUUGACUAAAAUUUUCAGUUUUCCUAUGAAAGGUUGUGGUUUUCUCUGGGUAUUCGGGCUUCCUCCACCAGGGGCGUUAAAACAACAGACAUCUUUCAAUCAAUAAUUCAAAAUGAAAUCAGUACAAUGGUCCAAAUAGAUAUGGGGGGUCAUUAUUUUUUUGCAAAUUUUCAACAUUAUUUUUACAUGCGGUGUAGAUAUGAAACAUGUCUCUCUCCAAGCACAGGCUAUGCUAUUGCAGUCUGACUGGUUUAUACAAAGCUGUUUAUAUGAGUUUCGGGAAAUCUCAGACUAAAGAUAUUGUUGGAUUUUUUAUAAAGUCCCAAAGGUCCAUACAUAGGUAUUGGCAGUUUUAGAAAUCUCAGACUAUAGAAAGUCCCACUGGUCCAUUCAAACUGUUGGGAGCUCAGAGAAUCUCAGACUUGAUGAAUGGCUGACUAUUUUAAGAUUGCAUGUUGAUGUUUAUCUUAUUUAGAUAAAGAGUAUUACAUGUGUUCUAAUAUGUUUUGUCUUAAAAGAUAAAGUAGUCAAAAAGAUAGCUGUACAUCUUUAAAAUAAGGUUAUAAGUAUGAUACCAUUGUUUUGCUUCUUAGUAAAAUAAUAAAAGAGUGAAAUAUU